AUGCGCUCAUCACUCUCUUUGAGCCUUUCGCUUCUCGUCGGCCUAGUGUCGGCUGCCAACUACAAGCUCGUCAAGGACUUCUCGGGCAACAACUUCUACAACCAGUUCGACUUCUUCACCGGCCCCGAUCCUACUCAGGGCUUUACCAACUACGUCUCUCACGACCAUGCUGUUGAAUACGGUCUGAUCUGGAACAAGAGCGUUCCCACCUGGGGCGUCGACUCCUACACUCAUCUCAAUGCCAAUGGUGCCAAUGGCGGUCGCACUUCUGUGCGCAUGACCAGCAAGGACACCUUCACCCAUGGCCUCUUCAUCGCCGACAUUGCCCACAUGCCUCAGAGCUCUUGCGGCGUCUGGCCUGCUUUCUGGACCUUUGGUCAGACUGGCAACUGGCCCCAGUCCGGCGAGAUCGACAUUAUCGAGUUCGCCAACCUCGCCAGCCAGAACAAGGUGUCCGGUCACACCAUGCCUGGCUGCUCCAUCUCUGGCACCUCUCAGAGCGGUGAUGGCGCCGGUUGCGCUUUCCUGUCCCCUUCCAGCUCGAGUGCAGGUACCGGCUUUAACGCCAUUGGUGGUGGUGUCUACGCCAUGGAAUGGACCUCUCAGCACAUCAACGUCUGGUUCUUCCCUCGCAACAGCAUUCCUUCAUCCAUCAAGAACGGCAAGCCCGAUGUCAGCAAGUUCGGCCAACCCAUGGCCAACUUCCGCGGCUGCGACCUCGACAGCUACUUCUACAACCACGCCAUCGUCUUCGACACCACUUUCUGUGGCACCUGGGCUGGCGAGACCUUCUUCAACGACGGCUGCUCUGCCUCCUCGUGCGUUGACUUCGUCGCCAAUAACCCUUCCGCAUUCAAGGAUGCCUUUUGGGCUGUCAACUACCUCAAGGUCUACCAGCAAGGCGGUGCCUCCAAGGCCAAGCGCGACUUCAUCCGUCGCCACGCAAAGCAGACCCACGGUCACGGUCUCAUCUAAGUGCCGCCAGCGUAGCACUUUCAAACUUGCUUCUCACGCAACAAACAUGCAGGACAUGUCUUACCCACCCUCGUUUUUGUUUCCCUCCAAGCAUCAGCAACGGCGUUU